AUGGGAUCGGCAGACUUCGCGAAAGCAUUGGCGACUUGGUUAAUCGCCGCGGGAAUUUACGAUCAGCACCAGUAUGAGGAAGCAGUGUGGAACAAGACCAAGGAUGUAAUGGACGAAUUUGUGGACUACAUGGAUGACGGGUUUAUACUAGAGUAUGGAACGGCCUGUGGUAACGCAGCAUGGGUGAGCAGCAAAUACCCCACAACUCCGAUAUAUGGACACACGGUGGGGGACACAAUUGUAUGCGUACUUAUGGUAGGCGCAUUAUUUUUCAUGAAUUGGGGGACUAGGCAAGCACAGGCCAAAGUUACGGACGAUGCAACCAAUGACAGCAUCGGGAAGCACAUAAAAUGCAUAAUAGUGCAUAUGUUUAGUCAAGUAUUAAACGAAACCGUGUGUCCAAGUGAGCGGGGCACAUUUUAUGCAUGGCACAUAAUGGAACAAAUGGGAAGAGAAGGCAAUCUUCCUGAAGGUUUGAUAAAGAAAGAGAAAUGUGGUAAGCACAUAUUUGCGCAUGGGAAAAUCGGGGCACUUGAGUUAGAUGAAAACGUCCGUCAAUGGUUACGCGAACAUGGCAAACUAAAAGAGGCAAUACAGAAAGUGAAGGGGACUGAAGCAUGCAAAACAGUAUGGCAGAAGCACUGGAAACUAGAGGACAUCCUGGGGACUGAGCAUAUAGAGGAUACGAAAGCGCUGGAGGUUGUUGAGAUAGUGAAGGAGUUGAAGGAAGGAAUGAACGAACUAUUUACGGAAAUCGCGCCAACCCUGCAGAAAACCCUGGUAGAAGGAGCACGAGCACAGAAGGAAAAGUUAGCGAACGAUGGCAAAAAUGCGGAGGCUGCCACCACCAACGCGGCGAACACACCACCACAGGAAACGACAGCAGAGGAAGCCAAGAAGAAAACCGAGGACGGCAAGAAGUCAACGGAAGGCAGUACUCAGGACGACAGUAGUGAGAAGGCGCAACUACCGGCGGCUCCCUCACCCACAGGGAGAUCAGAAACAUCUGCUGCGGACGCGCAGGUCCCAACAUCACCAUCCGUACCACCACCUGCACCACCUCCGCCACCAAGCAGACCAUCAACACCAUCGACAGAGGACAAGAAAAAAGACAUGUCGGAGGGACCUGCACAGACAACGCCCAAGGACAGUGCAGCCAGUGUGUCCGUGACCUUCAUCCAGAAGACUCCUUCGUCCGAGUGUUCAGGCACAGAUGUUAACAGUGACCCCAGUGCCGACGGACCAGGACUUGGGACACCAGCUGCGGCAGAACCAGCAGCGGCACCAGCACCACCGGGUCCACCGGUGGAUACACGAGCUGGAUCCAGUGAACAUGCACCUAACCCAACAACAACAUCAUCAGAGUCAACACCAUCAAAAGGAACAGAUACAACAGUAGGAGGACCCGCACCAGGUGAACCCCCUGUUGCCGUCGUCGAUGGCGGUAACGAUGACCCCCCUCCUCUCAAUCCACCCAAACCCAAACCGAACCCGAACCCAAAUCAAUCGGGUGCAACCGGUAGCAGCCCCGGCGGCGGCAGCAGUACAGAGGAUUCAUCUAGUCCCGGUUCCCCUGGUCACCAAACCCCUGGUUCCUCAGGUCCAGGUUCUACUGGUACUGGCUCUACGGGGACUCUGCAACCGGGUACCACAGGAGAUGGCUCCACAGGUGUCCCAAACCCAGGUUCCUCAGGACCAGGUUCCGCUGGUACUGGAACCACAGGACAAGCUCAACCUGGAGGUAGUCAGCAAGGACCAGGAGCGGCACCAACGGAAGAUAAUGUAGGUGGUUUAACAAAAACAGAAGACAAGAAAGAACUAAUGCAUGACCAAGGCACCUCCUGGCCCGGCCUCACAUGGGAAGACGUCAAGCCGUACACCCCUGCCAUCAUUCCCGCGGUGGUUGGUAUUGGGGUGAUUGCUUUUUUCCUCUGGAAGUAUUUUGCGCACCUCGCCAAACCACGACGAACAUAUCGAACCGUUCGUGACGUGCCGUCACCGCCACUCGACGAAGACAUAUUGGACCAUCUACAACGCGGCGACGCUCCGCCACCCGAUUACGGGUACACGGUUAUGCGCGCACCACGUCGCGAUACAUUUGCCGACCGCCGCGCACAACGCCCACCACGCGUGCAUAAGCGCACGAUUAUCGAGCUACACUUAGAAGUGUUACACGAAUGUGAAGCAACCGAGUGGGAAAGCGUCAAAGAGGACUAUUGGAAGAUUGUCGUGGAGGAGUUUGCGCAGGAGUUUGCGAAGGAUUUGAUGCGGGACGAGGACACGUAUAACAAUAUCUUGGGUGUUUCUACCUCAAACCAUGGUUUACCAGGCAACAAUGUUUCCUCCACUGACUCCAAAGGAACAGAUCCAUGUCCACCUAAUGACUGCGAUCCAUGGAGUUGUAUGGAAAACAUACAGUUCGCAACGGACCCUUGUCCACCUAAUGCAGAUGACCCACAUCCCUCGAGUUGUAUGCAACCCAUACAUUUAGCAAUGGCCCCUUGUCAACCUAACAAAGACGACCCCGAUCCACCCACUGAUUCCGACGAACCUGAUGCAUGGAAGUGUAUGGAAACUAUACAGUUACCAACGGACCCUUGUCCACCUAACGCAGAUGACCCCGAUCCAUGGAAGUGUAUGGAAACCAUACAGUUAGCACCGCAUCCUUGUCCACCUAACGCAGAUGACCCAUGGAAUUGUAUGGAAACUAUACAGUUCGCAACGGCCCCUUGUCCACCUAACGCAGAUGACCCCGAUCCAUGGAAUUGUAUGGAAACUAUACAGUUAGAACAACAAGAGACUCCUGCUCUCUUUCCAUCCUCUUCCGACCCCGGGAAUGAAUGCGCGACCCCCGACCACAUUAAUUGGAUCCCUUGGAUUCACCGCAACAAACAUAUUCUGCGGGAGUGCACGGGGCAAACGUGGUUUUUGCAAUUAAAAGCGGAUUGGACACAAUACCUGCGUGCGCACAUGGCGACAAACGAGGACAACGUAGUAUCCGCGCACAGUGCGUUCGGUGAAGCGGCAACCAUGGAAAGGCAGAAACUGCGGUUAUGGAAACAAUGGGUAGCGCAACAACAUCGGCAAGUGCGUAUGUAUUGUGAGCAGGAGUGGUUCCAACAUUUGUUGCAUAAUGUAGAGGAGAAGACCGUACCGGCAAAAGGCGACGUACCACGAGUAGAAAAACACUUAGAAGUGGAAAACGUAAAUGCAGCACAACAGACGCUACGAGUGAGAGAUGUACCACGGACGCAACCACUGCAUCCACAACUGUACCUCCACAAGCCGCUAAGCACUAAAAUAUGGAUACUGAUCCUGGCAUUAGUCCUAGAACACUGCGAGCUCGAGAGAAGCAUGCAGCAGACGGAGUUAUAUGUGGAUGCUUUAUUACAGAACAUGUGA